UUGUAACUCACAAAAGUCUCCGGCCUCCCAGUAAUCUUUCUGUCAUAAGCACGUCGGGCGCGGACAACGAAACAACAGAAAUUUAGUAUUGUGUUAACUUGGUUGGUUCAAAAGGCCCGCGCGUGUUAUACCAAAAGCAGAUUGACGGCUUAAAAUAGUAUAAAUAUGACAUAGUGAUAGAAUUAAUAAGUUUAGUUGCAUCGUGAUAUAAUUUCAAUUUCAUGGACUGUUCACGGACCCAAAGAAACCAAAAUAAACAACUAAAUAGGAUAUUUUUUAAAAUAAACCGAUGAUGUUUUGAGUGCAAUUACGUCAAACAAAAGAUAUCCUUGUUUUUUCUUUUGAUUAAAUAAGUACAUACAUAAGUACAAAAUCAAACAACUCCCGCUUACUUCUGAGAACGAGUUACAAAAUGCAGAACACCCAAACGUCCUGCGCGUGGUAUCUGCCAUGGUCUCUGGCCGCGCAGCAGCAUCAGCAGAAAAUAAUGCAAAUACAGUCGCCUUUUUUGGAUAAAAUGGGAGCUUCGACGGUGGGAGGUAUUUUCGCAACUCAGCCUCAAGUCCAGCAGCAGCUCUCGCCAAAUACAGCAGCUGCUCCUCCGUCGAACUAUCAGCAGCCGACUUUGCAUCCCAGCGCAGCCGCCGGAACCCACUUCCCAAUGAGUUCCGCAUAUAAUUUUGGGCCAACAUUACUGAGUGCAACCCAGGUGGCGAGCUACCCAGGACAGCUAAAUCCGUGUCCCCAGUCACACCCCCACAGCCACACACAAACUCAUUUGAUGCCAUCUUCCAUGUUCUCGUCCUUGCCUGUGGGUGCAUACUACGCACCAGCACCAGGUGUCUCCGUGGCCCCACAAGAAUCACUUCUGGCAACAGCUGGACAAGGAUUGACCCAUCAGACAUCGUCUCUGUCCAUGCCAGUACAGGCAGCCCCGCGAGCAUCCUCGUCGGCAUGUGCGAUCGUUCAGUCCCUAAAUUGUCUGCCACCAGAUUUUCAUCACCUGUCGUCUAUUAACCUCAACAUGAGCAGCGUAAUUGGACUGAGGAACCAAGGAUCUGCUCUUUCAUCCAUCAAAGUUGUACCAAAUGUUGAAAUGUUGAUUAACAAAAAGAUUACAUCAACCAGGGAGGUCGAAAACGAGAAAGUCAAAAUACCAGAAAAAAGGAAAACCGAUAACAGCGAUACAAUUAAGGAUUUAAAAAAAGCCAAACUUGAAACGAAGGCACUGAAGGCCAAAAGACCCGGAUUUACGGACGAGCGAUAUCAAGAAACGUCUUACUAUAUUGAAAAUGGUCUUAGAAAGGUCUACCCGUACUACUUCACCUUCACAACUUUCACAAAAGGACGAUGGGUGGGAGAAAAGAUUCUGGAUAUAUUUUCACGGGAGUUUCGCGCACACCCUUCUGAAGAGUACGAACGUUGUAUCCAAGCAGGCACAUUGACAGUCAACUUCGAGAAAGUCCCUAUUGACUAUCGACUAAAACACAACGAUCUUCUCGCUAAUAUAGUACACAGACACGAAGUUCCUGUGACAUGUCAACCAAUUAAAAUUGUGCAUAUGAAUGAGGACCUUGUAGUUGUAAAUAAGCCUGCAUCAAUACCUGUCCACCCUUGUGGCCGCUAUAGGCACAAUACUGUGGUUUUCAUACUCGCCAAGGAAUUUAACCUCAAGAAUCUGCGCACAAUUCAUCGGCUUGACCGGUUGACAUCUGGCCUAUUACUGUUCGGACGGAGCCCAAAGAAGGCAAGACAAAUGGAGCAGCAAAUUCGCAAUAGACAAGUAGAAAAGGAGUAUAUAUGUAGAGUGGAGGGAAUUUUUCCAGACGAAAUCGUGGAAUGUAAGGAGCCCAUUGAGGUAGUAAGUUACAAAAUUGGCGUGUGCAAAGUAUCGCAACGAGGGAAAGAUUGUACCACCACUUUCCAAAAGAUUUCACAGAACGGAAAAACUAGUGUUGUACUGUGCAAACCACUUACUGGAAGGAUGCAUCAGAUCCGUGUACAUUUGCAAUAUCUAGGCUAUCCAAUUCUUAACGAUCCUCUAUACAAUCAUGAAGUCUUCGGCCCUUUAAAAGGGCGUUUCGGGGAUAUCGGUGGAAAGUCAGACGAUGAGCUUAUAAGAGAUCUCAUUAACAUCCACAAUGCGGAGAACUGGUUGGGAAUAGAUUAUGAUUCCGAUAUAUCUAUAUUUAAGAGUUCUAAGGACGAAACAGAUGGAGAGAGCCUGAGCAGCGAUCAAACUUUCGUUGUUCAGCAUAGCGACGAUGACGUGGGCCUAAAUUCACGCGAAACUACUCCGCCUUGCAUAGAACCUUCCCGAGCUGAAGUGGUCGCUAAAAAAUUAGAGCCUCCCAACUUUCCAAAGGAAUUUUCAUGCACUGAUCCGAAGGAUCCUACCGAAAUUUCGUCAGUACUGCAGGCACCCGAUACUAUCCUCGCUGUCGACGGUGGCAAUGUGGAUGUUGGGGUUAAGCUAAAUAAAAUCACAACAGAUCCACAUUGCUAUGAGUGCAAAGUGCACUACCGUGAUCCAAAGUCUAAGGACCUUAUCAUGUAUCUGCAUGCCUGGAAAUACAAGGGUCCUGGAUGGGAGUAUGAAACUGAAUUUCCUGUUUGGGCUCGCACAAAUUGGGAGAACUCAGAGUGUACUUAAGCAGCAAUAAUUAAUUUCAUAUCUGUUCAAAUAACCUUGUAGAGUUUUGACAUAAUGUUGGCAAAGCACAGAAGAAAGUAUCUUUAAUCACACCUAGUACAUGACAUCUCAUAAGGAUGGCAACAUGUGUCCGUCUGUCAGCUUCUAGCUUCUGUCAGUUAAAGCUUUCUAGCUGAAACUUUUCACAAAAUAUGUUUUUGUGGGAGGAAAUUUCCUGUUUAUGAAUGUGAAGCAAUAUCAUGUAUUUUUAUAGCCAAGUCAAAUUGCCUAAAUAUCGGAUGAAUGUAUUAGCUGAUAUUGCAAAGAUAUAUCUGCAAAGGUAUUACAUGCUUCGGUCCCCGAAGUUAGCCUUCCUUUGAUUUUUUAAGUUUAUAUACAUAUGUACGUACAUUGUACAUAAUAAUUUACGGUAAUCUUAGAGAUACAUAAAUAUACAUAUGCAAAUGUAUUUGAACUAGUAUGAAUUUAGUAUAUAUAUACAUAAGUACAUAUGUAUACCAUGCAACUCGAAGUCAGGGGUCGGCAAGCAUAUUUGCACAUGCUUUUAGUGCGUUUGUGUGCGUAGACAGUCGGCAAAACGGAACAAUGUAUUGAUGCAAACCAGUGUUAUGCAGCUGUACGUUAGCGCCAGCACACCUUCCUAUGCACAUAAGAUAGGGGCCUGCCGACCGCUGCUCUUAAUAAACAUGAAUGGGUCCAACUGGGUCCAAUAAGCCAAUAGAACAAAGUUAACGGAAAUUCUAAAUAUUAGAAAAUUCAAAAUGUGCCUUUAUGAUUGAAUGUACAUAUGUGUUGAUACAUUUUACAAUUGUAUUGUAUUUAUAUAUACAUAUACAUAUAUAAAGACAUUUGUUUAUAGUCAAUGUGGGUAUAAAAAGCUCAUUGAUAUAAUCUGCCAGUUUACUUUUGCGUAGGCAUUACAAAUGAUACUUAUCUUAUUUUAAAACCCCAGAAGUUUCAAAUAAACCAAAAAGUGGAUGAGCUGAAAAGACAUGUAACACAAUAUCAAGCUUUUAUUGCAGACGAUAUGCAAUCACAUACUAUAUACAUUGUAUAUGUAGAUUAUAAGGUAUGGCCAGUUUCUUAAUUUCACUGACUACUAAUUUUGCCUCAAUGUAAUCUUAGCAGAAGAAGCAUUAUCUUUAGUUUCAUUUUAAAGGCAGCUCUGACCAUUAAUAAAUAUUUUGGAUCACAACGCCACGCCAAGUCGAUAUAACUCUAAUAUGUACAUAUUUCUUUGUUUUUCUGUUUGCCCGUCUAUUUCUGGGAAGUAAAA